GCCCGCAGGGUGCGCCCGCGUCGCGCCCCGGGCGGAGCUCCGGGCCAUGGCGGCCGCCGAGCCCAAGCCCCCCGCGGGGGCGGCCGCGGCCGGGCGCCUGGCCCGAGGCUGCUGGUCCGCGUUCUGGGACUACGAGACGCCCAAGGUGAUCGUGGUGAAGAACCGGCGCCUGGGCGUCGUGUACCGCGCGGUGCAGCUCCUCAUCCUGCUCUACUUCGUGUGGUACGUGUUCAUCGUGCAGAAGAGCUACCAGGACAGCGAGACGGGCCCCGAGAGCUCCGUCAUUACCAAGGUCAAGGGCAUCACCUUCUCCGAGCGCAAAGUGUGGGACGUGGAGGAGUACGUGAAGCCCCCCGAGGGAGGCAGCGUGUUCAGCAUCAUCACCAGGAUCGAGGUCACACCCUCGCAGACCCUCGGAACCUGCCCGGAGAGCGUGAGGGUUAGCAACGCCUCCUGUGACACAGACGAGGACUGCGUGGCGGAACAGCUGGACAUGCUGGGAAGCGGCCUGCGGACCGGGCGCUGCGUACCCUACUACCAAGGGUCGGCCAAGACCUGCGAGGUGUGGGGCUGGUGCCCGGUGGAAGACGGGGCGUCGGUCAGCCAAUUUCUCGGCAAGAUGGCUCCGAAUUUCACCAUCCUCAUCAAGAACAGCAUCCACUACCCUAAAUUCCAGUUCUCCAAAGGCAACAUCGAGCACCGGAAGGACGGCUACCUGAAACGCUGCACAUUCGAUGAGGUCUCCGACCCCUACUGUCCCAUUUUCAAGCUGGGCUUCAUUGUGGAACAGGCAGGGGAAAACUUCACAGAGCUCGCACACACGGGUGGUGUCAUCGGGGUCAUUAUCAACUGGGACUGUGACCUGGACCUGUCAGCAUCAAAGUGCAACCCCAAGUAUUCUUUCCGGAGGCUUGACCCCAAGCACGUCCCAGCCUCGUCUGGCUACAACUUCAGGUUUGCCAAGUAUUACAAGGUAAACGGCAGCGCCACCCGCACGCUCAUCAAGGCCUAUGGGAUCCGCAUCGACGUCAUUGUGCAUGGACAGGCAGGGAAGUUCAGCCUGAUUCCCACCAUCAUUAAUCUGGCCACAGCACUGACCUCCAUCGGGGUGGUAAGGAGAUGCAUGCUGGGCAUGGGGGGGCUUGGGUGUGGGGGGGGUCUCCUGGGCCCUCACGUGUCGGUCUUGCUGGCCCAGGGCUCCUUCCUGUGUGACUGGAUCUUGCUGACGUUCAUGAACAAAAACAAGGUGUACAGCCAUAAGAAAUUCGACAAGGUGUGCACACCCAGGCGCUCCUCUGGUAGCUGGCCUGUGACUCUGGCUCUUGUUUUGGGCCAGGCUCCUCCCCCACCCUGUCCCUGCUCUGCAGACCCAGGCCAGUCCCUGGCUGCCCCGCCCCCAUGGCCUUGCCCUGCCUCUGCCCCUUCUGAGCAGAUGGCCGACACCCCUGAGCAGACUGUGGGACCAGAGUUGUGUGCCUCCGAGCCUUCCCGGCAGGACUCCACACUCACGGACCCCCGAGGUUUGGCCCAGCUCUGAGCCCACCACAUGACUUCCAUCAUGCUGUGUCCAAGGCGGGCCUGAUGGGGUCCUGAAGUCUGGUCCCAAGACCAAGCCGCCAGCUCCCCUGGGCCCUGCCCAUGCACCUCAACACGCUCUGAGAAACUGGGAACGAAGACCCCCCGCGCAACCGGGCAGUGGGCGGGCACGAAGUGGGUGGCACCGGAUCCUGGCUGGCCCCCCAAUGUCCCCGGGGCCUGGAGGAAGGGGUAAACUCCUGCCUCCUCCUCCUCCCUAGCUGGCCUCCUCACAAACUUCUCACCCCUCCCCACCCAGACCCUUUGCUUGCUUCAUAGCCAAGAAGUCACAUACCCAGAGUCCAAUAAACCUGUGUCCAGAA